AUGCGUUGCAAGAGUCUAAGUGUACUCCUCCUUGCGAAGAAUUUUUUGCACGAGACCCUGCCAACAGAGGACAGCAUAGUUGAUCCUGACGGAUUUCGGAAUCUCCAAUACUUGGGUCUCGUUCGUUGUCAAGCCACAGGUCAAUUACCAAUCUGGUUAUCAAAGCUAAAGAAGCUAGAAAUCUUGGGUCAAAGUUUCAAUCGUAUCACAGGUUCAAUUCCUGGAUGGUUGUCGACUCUACCAAGGCUCUCUCUUAUGAACUUGUCUCGUAACUUGAUUUUGGGUGAAUUUCCUAAAGAACUUUGUGUAUUGCUAGCAUUGGUAUCAAAACAAGCUCUAAUGGAAAAUAGUUCUUUGACUUUUUCAAUCUUUGCAACACGAAAUGGUACCCUUUUGGAAUUCAAUUCAGUAUCCCCCGAAAACAACAGCCUUUGUGGUAACAUCCCCCUUGAGAUUGGUCAUUUGAAGCAACUUAAUGGUCUGAGUCUUAGCCAUGACUACUUCUCAGUCGACAUUCCAAACCAAAUAUCUGAGCCUACAAACUUGGAAAGAUUGGACCUCUCUGCAAAUCAGUUGUCUGGUGAAAUACCAAAAUCAUUCGCUAGUCUGCAUUUCUUUCAUGAGUUUAGCGUUGCAAGCAAUAAUCUCCGCAGAGCAAUACCAUCAGGAACUCAGCUUCAGAGCUUUGAUGUCUCUUCAUAUGAGGGCAAUCCUGGACUUUGUGGCGCCCCCCUUCCAUGUAAGUGUGCUCAUAUUCUUCGUAGCAACAAAGACAUUCAAGAUGAGGAAGAUGGACCUGCAAUUAUAUGGAGUCAUAUUAGUACUAUUCUUGGCCUCAUUACAAGAUUUUGGGGAGUCAUUGGUCCUUUGAUUUCAGCCAUAAGAGCACACUUAUAUGGAAGGGCGACCCUAACUAGUUUGCAUUUUUUGCGUAAUUUUAGUGUUGCAGACAAUGAGCUAUACGGAGAAAUACCAUCAGGCACACAGCUCCAAAGCUUUGAUACCUCCGCAUACAAGGGCAACCCUAGACUUUGUGGUGCCCCACUUCCCAAGCGUGGCCAUCUUACAAGAGACAAGGACAUUCAUGAUGAGGAAGAUGGAGAUUCAAAGCCAUGGACAUUUCAUAUUAUUGUGGCGGUUGGCUUCAUUACAGGAUAUUGGGUUCAAUAUGAUUCCUUGCUCCGCUACAAUGAAUCAGUAGCCGUUAAGCACUAG